AUGUAUGGAAGCCGAAAGUGCCUCUUUCUCGCCAGGAUCGACUACGGUUUGUGGAAACUGCCCCCUGACCAAGGUGCCGACCAUCUCGGGACGCCUUGCACAUUAACGGAGGACGACAUCGACUGGAUCCGCGGUCGCUCAAUGUCCACAGGGGCCCAUUCCGUGUAGAAGUUGCCGAUCCUAACUCAUACGCUUCUCGACGCUGUCGCUUUUAUGAACGACACGCUCACCUGUCCAAUACGGCUCCAGGAUUGUGAAGGAGACGUCCGCGAGCCCACCAACUCCAUUCACUCCGGUCAGCCCACAUUUCUUUUGAGUAUAUUUUCGUGUCUUUUCGUAUAUUUCUGUAUUAGUUUGUUCAAUUUCAUGUUUUAGUUCAAAUUUUCAAAAAGCCCAUUUCUCACAUUUUCGUUUCAAAAUUUUCAAAACCCUCUCAUAGAAUUGUUCCAACUCUCAAAAACUUUUUAUUUUUCAAUUUCAGUCUUUCAAAACCAAAACUUUAUUUUUCCCCAUAUUUCGUUUAAAGUUUAUCAUUUAAAAAUUCCACUAACAUAUCUAAUCUCUUUCCCAGGUACUGUAUCGUAAAUCGUUUGCUAAUAUCAUUUAUUAGGCGAAGUUUCUUUGAAAGAUUGUUUUUGGGUCGCGCUACCAAGCGUCCCGCUGUUCGUGCCUCAUACCGUACUCAAGUAUUACAAGCACCUAAUCUCUAGGUAAGGUCACCAGACGCUUACUUGAAUCGCAAGACAGCUGACUUAGGACGCCAGACCCUUAGCACUUACUUAUCUUUUAGUUAAUUCCACACCUUUUCUGACCAGAGCUUACUGUCCCACCCCUGGUACUUUUAGUCACACACUCCCAGCUCUUUGUUUUCAUUAUUUGAUGUUGUACAGUUUUCAACUUCUUUUAUCUGUAUCUCUUCUUCUCACAAGGCUAACUUCAAUCUCAAGUUGGACCAAAGAAAUCCUGACGCGUUUCAAAAGGCUUUGCAAGCUAUACUCAGCUGGGAAAUCCUUUUAAUUUAUUCAUAUUAAAUAUUCAUUUUCUCUAAAUUAUAAUUCAAAAUAAAUUUUCUCGCAAUCAAACCUUAUAUCAAAUCUAAUUUAUUUCAAAACUUUUCAGAUUAAUACGACGUGAAUUCUUUGGGCCCAAAUUCAACAACAUCAAAACCAAUCUUUUUCUUUCUCGCUGCAGUCGCUUGAAGCUCUCAAACCAUCAAAGCGCCGGCAAAUGGAUCUACGAUCGGAUUGAAGACGAACAGAUCCAACAAUCUUCUUCUGCAAUGCGCUGGUUCUCUCCGACGAAGAUCGAAGAUGUCAACGAUUGA